AUGUCGACAGUCUCAAAACUUGUUGCGUUGUUGACCCUGACUGUAGGUUGUCAUGGCUCACCUUUCGGCCAUUUCGCUCCACAUGUCGUCGUGUGUAAUGGUACCGAGCAGCUGAGGCCAACCUACGAUUAUGUUAUUGUUGGCGGCGGGACGAGCGGUCUUGUUGUUGCAAAUCGCUUGACUGAGAACCCUCACAUCAGUGUUCUAGUCAUUGAACGUGGUUACCUGUUAGUCCUCCACCCUCCCAUCUUGCCUGGUCUCGCGGUCCCAAACAAGUAUCUCAGGACGGACACCAGUAUCCCUCAAUCUGGUCUCAACAACCGCACUGCCCCUCUGUACACUGGUGAUGUCGUGGGUGGAGGAACAGUAGUGAAUGGCAUGUUCUUUGCUCGUGGAGCGAGAGCUGACUAUGAUGCCUGGGAACAACUAGGAAACCCUGGAUGGGGUUGGGAUGGACUGUUGCCUUACUUCAAGAAGAGCGAGACGUUCACACCACCAAUUGAGGAGAUUCAGGAGAUGUUUCCUGGAGUGAUCUCCUCCGGUUUGGAGCCUCAUGGUAUCGAUGGACCUGUGGGAUCAAGUUUCUCAAACUAUCAGUAUCCAGUGAUCGGUAAGCUGCACCUCCCCUUGACUUCUUGGAUAACCCAACCUGACAUUUUCUCUUCUCGUACAGAAAACUUCUUUGCUGGUUGGGACAGCAUCGGUGUUGCCAUAAACCCUCAACCGAACAACGGAGAAGCUACUGGUGCUUUUUACAGUACCAUUUCCGCAUAUGCGAAGAAUCAGUCUAGGGCACAUGCCUCGAAUGCUUACUAUCGACCUGUCGCCAAUGUGCGAAGAAAUUUGCAUCUGCUUACUGGACACACUGUUUCCAAGAUCAAUUUCGACAAAGAGUUGAAAGCUGUCUCUGUUGAUGCUACGAACGAGACCAGUACGGUGAGAUCAAGCCGAGAGAUCAUCAUGGCAGCAGGCGCCGCCCGUACUCCUCAGAUCCUGCAGCUUUCUGGCAUUGGACCUGAGCCGCUGUUGUCAAGUCUUGGGAUUGAGACUAUUGUGAAUCUACCGGGAGUAGGCAGCAACUUCCAGGAUCAGCCUACUCUGUAUAUGCAAUUCAGCUACGGCAACUAUACCUUCCCGAGCCCGGACUGGAUUCUCUCGAAUGCGAGCUGGGCUGCUGAGCAACUUGAUGUAUACUACAAGAACCGUACAGGUCCAAUGACUGUCCCUUAUCUGGGCGGCAGCACCGUAGCUUUUCUCCCUCUUCAAAACAUCACUUCUGACUACCACUCCAUCAUCGCUUCCACAUCACCAGUAAACCUCUCAUCCCUGCUUCCACUAUCAACUCACCCAUCCAUCAUCGCUGGCUACAGAGAACAAAUCAAACUCCUCGAAUCUUUUUACUCAUCUGCUCAUGCGGCAGUAGCAGAGAUAGCCUGGGAAGGCGGCAACACCCUUCCUCUCGCCAUCAUCCGUCCAUCCAGCCGAGGAUCCAUAUACAUCAACACCACAGACCCUUCUGCCGCCUCUGUGGUCGACUUCAACACAUUCUCCCACCCUAUAGACAUGGCCAUCGCCGUCGCAUCUGUCAAGAAAAUCCGCGAUUGGGCUUCUUCACCGCCCAUGCAAGCUCUGGGAACUGUAGAAAUCUUUCCAGGUAAGAAUGUCUCGACCGAUGCGGAAAUUGAAGAGGCAAUUAGAGAUGCAGCGACGAGCUCGUGGCAGCAUCCUUCGUCAACGACGGCGAUGAUGAGGAGGGAGUUGGGUGGAGUUGUGGAUGAUGAGUUGAGAGUGUAUGGUACGAAAGGGUUGAGGAUAGUUGAUUCGGGUGUUUUUCCUAUGGUUGUGGCUGGACAUACCAGUAGUAGUGUUUAUGCUGUUGCUGAAAAGGCGGCUGAUAUCAUCAAGGCGGCUUGGGUGUAA